AUGCCCGCGGGCCCGCCCCCGCAAAGCCUCGCGGGCGAGCCUGCCGGCGGGCCUUCGAGCCGGCACAUGGAGCGAGAGAUCGCUGGCGCGUACACGGCUCUGCUGCUCGGCUUCCUCUGCCGCGGCGUCCCGGCGCACUGCGACGUGGCGCGAGCUUGGCCCGUGGAGAGUCCUUCUCUUGGGACGUCGAGCGACACCGGUGGCAGUGCCACCCAGGAGUGGUCGGAGCUGCGGGUCAGUUCGACAGCUGGAGCUGUGUCGCCGGCGUGCGGCGGCCUGCCUCCGGAGUGCCAGUGA